AUGGCGCUGGAGGUGAUGCUGGAAGUGAUGCUGGAGGUGAUGCUGGAGGUGAUGGUGCAGGGGGGUGAUGGCGCUGGAGGUGAUGCUGGAGCUCCUGGGACCCAGCACCCGGCCUCUAGGCUCCGCGGCCUCCCCUUGAGCACCCUCGAGACACCCCUCUUUGAGGAGAGCGCGCCCGGCCACGAGGCCCCGGCCCUGGGAAGCCGCCUGCUGGCCGGCUCCCUGGGGCAGCCCAGGCCCGAUCCCACCUCCAGCUGCUGGGCGCUUGAGCUGGGCUGGCUGCUCGCGGGCCCGGGGCUGGCGUGCGGGCCCGGCCGGGGCUUCGGCAAGCGGCGGCACCCCAAAAAGCUGACCCCUUUAGCCUACAAGCAGUUCAUCCCCAACGUGGCCGAGAAGACGCUGGGGGCCAGCGGCAGAUACGAAGGGAAGAUCUCGAGAAACUCGGAGCGCUUUAAGGAACUCACCCCCAAUUACAACCCCGACAUCAUAUUCAAGGAUGAAGAGAACACCGGGGCCGACCGGCUGAUGACUCAGAGGUGCAAGGACAAGCUGAACGCCUUGGCCAUCUCCGUGAUGAACCAGUGGCCGGGCGUGAAGCUGCGGGUGACCGAGGGCUGGGACGAGGACGGCCACCACUCGGAGGAGUCACUGCACUACGAGGGCCGCGCCGUGGACAUCACCACGUCGGACCGUGACCGCAGCAAAUACGGCAUGCUGGCGCGCCUGGCCGUGGAGGCCGGCUUCGACUGGGUCUACUACGAGUCCAAGGCCCACGUGCACUGCUCCGUGAAGGCCGUUGGGGCUCAGGAGUCCACUGCCCCUCCCCACCCCGCCCCGCGGGAGCUUCUGUCCACGCUGCACACCCCGGGAGCGGCCCGCCCCGCCGCGCGCCUGUGGGCUCUGCACUGA